GGACCCCCCUUUUCUUCGUUUUUUUCUGAUAACUUCUUCUCAUCAACAAAUUCCUCGAUUUCCCAAAUAAUUUUCGAUUUUGUUUGUGAAUGUGCUGAUUGAUCUUCAAUAUUGAUUUGAAUCUCAUGAUUUGAUUCGUUUGAAUCGAAGAAUUUGAUCUGCUUUGUUGAUCAUUUGUAUAUGAUCAAAACCUAGGUUUUUAGAUUGCAGGAAAUUAAUCAUGGCGGUUCCGACGAUAGCACUGUACGCGAGUCCUCCGAGUGGUGUAUGUUCAACGCCGUAUCCAUGUCAGAUCAAUUCACAUGGAUCUUAUGAUUUCGAUUUUAACAGCCGUCCGUCGUCUUCGUCGACGGCGACAGCUUCGUCUUCACAAAAGCCAAUUAUUGGUGGACUUUCGUCUCUUUUCUCUUCUUCGUCAAGCUUUUCGUCCGGUGGAGCGGAAGACUUGACUUCGUUGAGAGGUGGUGAGGAGUUGAGCAAUUCUUUUUCCUACUCGGCGUUUGGAUCCUGUUUAAAACGGGAUCAUUUUCAUCAGAGUCCGGUGUCGGUGAUUCAAGGUCCGGUUUCGUUAAGUAGUACUCCGUCGAUGAGAUUUUCGCCGGAAAGAGAUGGUUCCGUCCGUGUCGGGACCAGGCGGUUGUUUAAAGGGUUUGUUACACACGCCUUAGGCUCGUGCGUAGAUCAUUCGCCGAGCUUUCAUCUGCAUGAUAAUUUGGCUGAAGAACUCACAUUUAUUAUGGAUGAUAAUAAUUUGAAGGAACAAAAUCCGGAGCCAUAUGCUAAAGAAAUGCUUUUGGCUGCUCAGUUAAGACAUGAUAUAUUUAAUGAUGAGUUGGUUAUCAAAGCUUUCUAUGAAGCCGCGAAAGCCCAUAAAGGGCAGAUGCGAGCCAGUGGGGAUCCUUAUUUACAACAUUGUGUGGAAACUGCGGGUUUGCUGGCGACGAUAGGUGCCAACGCUGUGGUAGUUGCAGCGGGGCUUCUACAUGACACGCUUGAUGAUUCUUUUAUGAGCUAUGACUAUAUCCUCCAAACUUUCGGAACAGGACUUGCUGAUCUUGUCGAAGGGGUGUCCAAGUUGAGUCAAAUGAGUAAGCUUGCUCGCGAAAGCAAUACAGCAACUAAAACUGUUGAGGCAGAUCGUAUGCACACCAUGUUUCUUGCAAUGGCUGAUGCCAGGGCGGUGCUUAUAAAAUUGGCUGAUAGGCUGCACAAUAUGAUGACACUGGACGCGUUACCUUUGUGUAAGCAACAUAGAUUUGCAAAGGAGACUAUGGAGAUAUUUGCUCCUCUGGCAAACCGUUUGGGUAUCCUUAGUUGGAAGGAGCAGUUGGAAAAUCUCUGUUUCAAAUAUAUCAACCCGGAGCAGUACAAAGAUCUAUCCUCGCAACUUCUAAAGUCCUUUAAUGAGGCAAUGAUCCCUUCUGCUGUAAAAAAAUUGGAGCAAGCUCUUAAGGAUGGAUCCAUUUCUUAUCAUGUUCUUUAUGGGAGGCAUAAAAGCUUGUAUAGCAUUCAUUCCAAAAUGCUAAAGAAGAAGCUGAGUAUGAACGAAAUCCAUGAUAUUCAUGGGCUACGGCUGAUUGUGGAAAAUGUAGAGGAAUGCUAUAAAGCAUUACAGCUAGUUCACCAGUUAUGGUCUGAAGUACCUGGAAAGUUCAAAGACUACAUAAAUCAGCCCAAAUGUAAUGGGUAUCGGUCUUUGCACACAGUAGURAUGGGRGAGGGAUYGGUUCCACUUGAAGUUCAGAUCAGAACGAAAGAGAUGCACUCACAAGCCGAGUUUGGAUUUGCAGCUCAUUGGAGAUACAAGGAAGGUGAUUGUAUGCAUUCUUCGUUUGUGCUACAGAUGGUUGAAUGGGCGCGUUGGGUUGUCACAUGGCAGUGUGAGACAAUGAUGAAAGAUAAAUCGCGUAUUGGCUACACCGAUGCCAUGAAACCGCCCUGCAAAUUCCCUUUUCAUGCCGAAGAUUGCCCACAUUCGUAUAAACCUUCCUGUGGAUCUGUUGGACCUGUGUUUGUCAUCGUGAUCGAGAACGACAAGAUGUCGGUACAAGAAUUCCCGGCAAAUUCAACCCUUAAUGAUGCCGUAGCUAGAGCUAGUCAGGGAUGGAGUCCAUAUGGGUUUCCGGUGAAGCAAGAGUUGAUGCCAAUGCUGAAUCGUAAGCGGGCAAAUGAUCCGAGUAGUUGCAAGCUGAAAAUGGGAGAUGUGGUGGAACUAACCCCAAAGAUACCCGACAAAUCUCUAACGGAGUACAGGGAAGAAAUCCAACGAAUGUACGAAAGCGGAAUUUCGGCAAAAACGCCAACUGCUGGUAACAUGGUUGGAUGGAGCAGACGAUGACCCAAAAAUAGGUUGGGAGAAUGAUUUGUUGUAAAUAUAGGAGGGUCAAAUAUUUGUACAGAACAGGUUCUUUAUGGGUGAGUAGUGCUAGAAAUACAUAUCAUCUAAAAGAAAACUGUUCCCAUUUCUUAUAUUAUAUGUAAUACAACAUUUUAUAUGUAUCA